AUGUGUAAAAUGUGGGAAAGAAUACGUUUAGGUGUAAGGUGGAAACCAGAAGAGCGUUUUGCGUUGGCAUGUCGUGGAAUGAAUUUAAAGAAUGUUUCAACUAUAAAAAUAUCCAUCGAUCCUUUUUAUCCUGGAAAUGGUUCAAUCAGGAGGUUUUGGCAGAAUGUGACUGGUCCUCGAAUUCUCGCAACUAAUCAAAAUGUUAAAAUUACUUCUCAAAUUAGAAACGAUAAUAAACCACCAUUUUUCACUGUCACCACAGUUGAUGGUCGUAAAAUUAUUUUCAAAACGGACGGUAUGCCGGCAACUGAUUUAGUGAUGCAUUUCAAUCGAUUGCUCGGAUUUCCAGAAUUCGGAAAAGCUGGUCUUCGGCCCCCAAAACAAUUAUAA